AAUGAUUUCAUGACAUCUGUGUAAUGGUUUUUGCUUCUUUGUUUUACAGAAACAAACAGUGGUUUCUGUCAGAAAAGAGGUAAUUAGUCUCCCAGUUUCAAGGGAAGUCUGAUUUUUAAUCGUCUAACAAAUUAUAUGUACUUUGGCUUCUUGCUCUGCACUCAGUGAUGAAAUGAAAACCAUGUGUAACGUUCAAACAGUUGUUUCCCAGUUAACGGACGGCACGGAAUGCCAGAGCAUCUCGUGUAAGAUCUGGCUGGGGCUGAUGCUGGUGUGAAAUGCCCUCCGGAGGCACAGAUCUGAGGGACGCGGAGCAGAUACGUCCACCCUGGUUCCUGCUGCUACGGUUACGGGGCCGCUCAGCCUCUGUCCGGGGUGACAAGCUACCUGUGUUGGCAAAUCUCGUAUCCGGGGUGCAAGACAGAGAGCCCUGGGAAGUGUUGGCCGUGAGCUUAGUUAGAUCUGCUUCUGUGAGUCAGAGGCAUUUGGGGGAAAAGCUAAGCUUCUGUGUCGACCCCAUGUCUCACUUUAACGCACCUUAGAACUUUUUUUUUCCCAGUUGGUGCCUUUUCCGAGACUAACGCACGAUGAGAUGAGUGAAGGAGGCUCCUUAUUUGGAGUUGGGGGCCACCCAUCUGCUGCAGACCUGAGCCCUGCCGGUCCUGGGGUGGCCGGCUUGAGGGGACGGGACGGGGUGCUUUGAUGGGGACGUGGCUUCUUGUUGGGAGCCAUAUAUAUGUGUCGGCGUUGGCGACACCCCGGUGGGGCAGUUGGACAUCUAACAACUGUGUCUCUUGCAGAUCAUGUAUUACCGACAGGCCUUACUGAGGUCCACGGUGAAGUCUUCUGUGUCCCUUGGCGGGAUCGUCAAGUACAGUGAGCAGUUUUCGUCCAACGACGCCAUCAUGUCGGGCUGCCUUCCUAGCAAUCCUUGGGUGACGGAUGACACCCAGUUCUGGGACUUAAAUGCCAAACUGGUGGAAAUCCCAACCAAGAUGCGGGUGGAACGAUGGGCCUUCAACUUCAGCGAGCUGAUCCGAGACCCCAAGGGUCGACAGAGCUUCCAGUACUUUCUCAAGAAAGAAUUCAGUGGGGAGAAUCUGGGAUUCUGGGAAGCCUGUGAGGAUCUGAAGUACGGAGAUCAGUCCAAGGUCAAGGAGAAAGCGGAGGAGAUUUACAAGCUGUUCCUGGCCCCAGGGGCGAGGCGGUGGAUAAACAUAGACGGCAAAACCAUGGACAUCACAGUCAGGGGGCUGAAGCAUCCCCACCGCUACGUGCUGGACGCCGCGCAGACCCACAUCUACAUGCUCAUGAAGAAGGACUCUUAUGCCCGCUACUUAAAAUCCCCAAUCUAUAAGGAGAUGCUGGCCAGAGCAGUUGAACCUCAGGAAACCACCAAGAGAAGCUCGAGCAUCCGGUUCAUGCGGCGUCCCCUGCGCUCCAGCCCAAGCCCCGUCAUCCUCAGGCAGCUGGAAGAAGAAGCCAAGGCUCGGGAAGCGGCCAACACGGUGGACAUCACCCAGCCGGGCCGGCGCGCGGCCCCCAGCCCCCACCUGGCCGUGUACACCGGGACCCGCCCGGCCCGCUCUCCUUCCAGCCCCCGCUCCCCGCCCGGCCGCUUCACCCGGCGGCCCAGCAGCACCGCCGGCCCCUCGCCCAUCAGGGUGGCCUUGGAGGGCUCCCCGGCCGAGGGGCGGACGCCGGAGGCCGCCCGCGGGCGCUCGGAUGCUGAGACCGGCGGGGCCUCCGCGCACCAGCCCCGGCCCCGGGCCCCGCCCAAGGCCCGCGUGGCCCUGCCCCUCGGCCGGUUCCUGAGACGAGGCUGUCUGGCCUCCCCGCUCUUUGCCAGGCUCUCCGCCAGGUGCCCCCCUGUGCCCCACGGGAAGGUGCAGCCGCUGGGGGACGCGGGCCGGCAGCUGCCACCACCGAGGUCCCGGAGAGCAGCCAACUUCUUCCAGAUCAAAAUGGAUGUGCCGACGGGGAGCGGGACCUGCCUGAUGGACUCGGAGGACACGAGGACAGGAGAACGGAGUGACCAGGCCACAGGAAAGGAGGUCAUCUGCCCCUGGGAGAGCCUGGCCUAGGGCAAAGCUAGGGGAGCCCGGGGCCCCGGACUAGGCAGUCGCUUCUGCACGCUCGGCUGGAUGGGGCCGCGGGACAUGCUUGCUCUAAACCAAAGUGCAUUAAGAUCGUAUUUGGGGAUUGGAGAGACGAGAUGGAUGGAUGAUGGAGAAGAGUGCCCUGGCUGGGCUCCCCCUGGCCAACCCCUUCCCUCGACCCUGACCCCGGGUCAGAAGAAAGG